CCAUGCCUCCUAUCUUUUCUUAUUGCUCACUUCAAAACUUAGCUACCUACUUCAAGAGAGAAUUUCAGUCCUCUGUUCUCUGCUCAAACUAUUCUUUCCUUAGUUAACUCGAUAUCAUUGCAUUAGUUUAGAAAAUGGUGAACAGUCAACUUUUGUCUAGAAUUGCGACCAAUGAAGGACAUGGAGAAAAUUCUCCAUAUUUCGAUGGAUGGAAAGCAUACGAUGGGAACCCUUUUCACCCUGUUGAUAAUCCUGAAGGAGUAAUCCAAAUGGGUCUUGCAGAAAAUCAGCUUUGUUUUGAUUUAGUUAGAGAUUGGAUUAAGCAGAACCCUGAAGCUUCCAUUUGCACUGCUGAAGGAGUUGCUAUGUUCAAGGAUAUUGCUAACUUUCAAGACUAUCAUGGCUUGCCGGAGUUCAGACAGGCGAUUGCAAAAUUUAUGGGCAGGGUUAGAGGCAGUAGGGUUACGUUUGAUCCGAACCGUAUAGUCAUGGGUGGAGGAGCUACGGGAGCAAGCGAGCUCCUAAUGUUCUGUUUGGCUAAUCCUGGAGAUGCUUUUCUCGCUCCCUCUCCUUACUAUCCUGCAUUUGACCGUGAUCUCUCAUGGAGAACCGGCAUCCAGAUUAUUCCAGUUGACUGUUAUAGCUCCAACAAUUUCAAAGUUACCAAACAAGCAUUAGAAGCUGCAUAUGAUAAAGCCCAAGAAGCUGGAAUUAACAUUAAAGGUUUAAUCCUUGCAAACCCAUCCAACCCAUUAGGCACAAUCUUAGACAGAGAGACACUAAAAGACUUGGUCACCUUUAUCAACGCAAGAAACAUUCAUUUAGUCAUUGAUGAAAUAUACUCCGCCACCAUUUUCAAUUCCCCAAGCUUCGUAAGCAUAGCAGAGAUAAUUCAAGAAAUGGAUUGUAACCACGAUUUAGUACACAUUUUGUAUAGCUUAUCUAAAGACAUGGGUUUUCCUGGCUUCAGAGUUGGAAUAGUUUAUUCGUACAAUGAUGCAGUCGUAAGCUGUGGAAGAAAAAUGUCAAGUUUUGGCCUCGUCUCUUCGCAAACUCAACAUCUGCUUGCUUCCAUGCUGUCUGAUGAGUGUUUUGUGGAGAAAUUUCUUUCGGAGAGCUCGAAAAGGUUAAAAAAACGACACAGUAUGUUUACGAAAGGACUAGAACAAGUAGGGAUCGGUUGUUUAAAAAGCAAUGCCGGUCUUUUUGUUUGGAUGGAUUUACGCCAUCUUCUUAAAGAAAAAACUUUUGAUGGAGAAAUGGCGCUUUGGAGAGUUAUUAUAAAUGAGGUGAAGCUGAAUGUUUCGCCGGGAUCUUCAUUUCACUGUAAAGAGCCAGGUUGGUAUAGGGUUUGCUUUGCGAAUAUGGAUGAUGAGACCGUUGAAGCUGCUUUGAAAAGGAUAAGAGAAUUUGUGGUUAGGGGAAAAGAGGAGAAUCAAGAACUGCCGACCAACACGAAUAGUAAUAAAAGAUGGCAGAAAAAUCUUAGGCUGAGUUUUUCUGCUAGAAGAUGUGAGGAGGCAGUUAUGUCACCCCACAUUAUGUCACCCCACUCUCCAAUGCCUCACUCACCGCUUGUUCGUGCCAAGUAAUUUUCAAAAAUUAUAUACUGGGUAGUUAAUUAGAAAUUAUAGCUACUUGUUGAACAAUAAGAUCAACUUAGUUAAUUUCCCAACUAGAUCCUUUCUUUUAAUUUCGAAAAUUGUCAUUUUUAUUUACUAUUAUUAUUAUUAUUGUUUUCCCAUUAGUUUGGAAGCUGUAUGUUAGAUUUUUUUCUGCAUUGAAAACAAUAUAUUAAAUGUCCAUUA